AAACUAACCCAUAAAAUAUUUCAUGUCAUCGCUUUCGUUUCUAUCUUUACAUAAUUUACAUUAUAUUUUACAAGAACAACGAUAUGCUUGACAAUGGACUUUGAUUGUUAUUCUGAUUAAUGUCUUUUGAGGGAAACAUCAUUACUUUCAGAAUAAGGUGCUUGCGUCAACUCGAAACUGUACCAUUUGUAAUUGAAUACUGAAAUAUUGAAAACUUAACGAUUUACAUUAAUUUAAUAACAUAAAAGCGUCUACUACUAUGACUUCUCCCUUAAAUCCUUUUGUAUAUUGGGCACAAAAUGAUAAAAAUGUUUUUCUCAAAGUGGAACUAAAUGAUUCGCAGGAUGUUAGAAUUGAACUUGAAGAUAAAUAUCUGGACUUUUCUUGUCAAGGUAAUGGGGCACGAGGAAAUAAUAGAUAUUGCUUCCACGUGGAUUUUUACGAUGAUAUAAAUAAAAACGACAGUAAGCAUAAAAUAACAGACAAAAAUAUUACAUUUGUAAUUCUGAAACAGAAGAAGGAAUGGUGGCCACGUUUAUUAUCGCAGCCUCAAAAACAGCAGUGGCUUAAAAUUGAUUUCGAUCGUUGGCAAUCGCCAGAGGAUUUGAGUGAAACAAAUGAGCGUGUGGGUGAUAUAUACAAACAUCAUCAAGAUAUUUUCGAAAAACUUCAAAAAGAAGAAUAUGGAUACAAAAAAGAAGAUGCACGAAAAGUAUAUUUAACAUGCUACAAUUUCUUCAUGUACCUGGGAUUCCUUUAUAUAUGGGUGGUACUGAUGAUGAAAUUUUUGAAGGAUGGUACCGAUUUUUUCCCAAAGGCUUACGAGCAUGUCAGUACAGUAUUUUAUAUCAUGCAAACAAUGCAGUUGGUAGAAAUCGCACAUCCAAUUUUGGGCCUCAUGAAGGGAGGUAUAAUAGCUCCUUUCAUCCAAGUUGGAGGAAGAGUUUUUGUUCUCUUCUUAAUGAUAGGUGGAGAACCGAAAGUUCAAACAGAGCCAAUUGUGUUCAUCCUGUUUUUAGCCUGGUCCUCGAUUGAAAUAAUAAGGUACCCUUAUUAUAUUAGUCAACUCUUCGAAAAAAAUAACAAACUGCUAACAUGGCUGAGAUACAAUGCUUGGAUCAUUCUAUAUCCGGUUGGCAUGGUUUGUGAAAUGAUAAUAAAUUACAAGAACUUGGUCCUGAUAAACGAAACUGGAAAAUGGUCAAUAGAAAUGCCUAAUCCGUUGAAUUUCACUUUUAGUUUCGUGUAUGUCUUGAGAUUUUACCUUCUUGUUCUCACAGUUCCUACAUCUACUCUCUUACUAAGGCACAUGUACAUAGCCAGAAAGCAUAAACUUGGAGAUCGAAAAGUGAAGAAGAAGGAUUGAAAAAUUCAAAUCAACGAAAGAUGAUCUUCUACAAAAAUUUUCAUUUUAAUCAGAUUGAGUUUUCUACAUGGUUAAGUACGCUCAAAAAGGGUUAAGGAUGACAUUCCAAAUCCAGAACGAUAAUUAAUAAUAUAAAAUAAAUACCUCUGUGUCUGACUUGGGAUUUGGUUGAGUAAUAAGACUGCGACCGAUGCAUUUAUUUGAGCUUUGUUCAUUCUUUUAAACGAUGUAUAAUAUUUGUGUUUGUAAUUCGUUGUUCAAUAAAUUGUUGAUUUGA